UCUGUUUAUGACUCAACUUUGGGGUCAGUUGGAAAUUAUUUAAUUUAUCACUCUCAAGUCACGAAAUGGUUUGAUGACUACAUUUCCUAAUGGGAAGUUUUUCUUCACACCACUCGGGCUGCCACAACUGGAAGAGAAAUGAACUUAGGAAAUCACUCUUCAGUAGCCAGGUUUAUACUCGAGGGGUUGACAGAUGAGCCACGACUCCAGCUGCCUCUCUUCCUACUCUUUCUCCUGAUUUAUGCGGUCUCCAUUGCAGGAAACUUGAGCUUGGUUGUUUUAAUCAGGGUCAGCCCUCAGCUCCACACACCUAUGUACCAGUUUCUCAGUAACUUGUCCUUCAUAGAUCUCUGCUAUUCCUCUGUCAUAAUCCCCAAGAUGCUAAUGAACUUUGUGUCAGAAAAGAAUUUCUCCUCUUUUCCCGAGUGCAUGGCCCAGCUCUUCUUCUUUUGCUUCUUUGGUAUUGAUGACUCCUACAUGCUGACAGCCAUGGCGUAUGAUCGCUAUGUUGCCAUCUGUAAUCCCUUGCUCUACAAUGUCAAAAUGUCCCCCAGCAUCUGCUUUCUACUGAUCUCCAGUGUGUACACAAUGGGGGCAUUUGGAGCCGUGGUCCACACCAGCUACAUAUCUAGCCGUUCCUUCUGUAGAACUAAUGUUAUCCAUCACUACUUCUGCGAUAUCCUUCCUCUUCUGGAUAUUUCUUGUUCAAGAGACAGCACUAAGGAGCUUCUCGUGAUGACUCUGGUUGGAUUUAAUGUACUGGCCUGUGUGCUGCCCAUCUGCAUCUCCUACGCCUUCAUCCUCUUCAGCAUUCUGCGUAUCCACUCAGCUGAAGGUAGGGCCAAAACCUUCAGUACCUGCAGCUCCCAUCUUGCAGCUGUCGGGGUGUUCUAUGGCUCCAUUAUCUUCAUGUAUUUUAAACCACUUACCGGUAACACCAUCCAGGAGAAGGUGGCUUCCGUAUUUUACACCACAGUGAUUCCCAUGAUUAACCCCCUUAUCUACAGCCUUAGGAAUAAGGACGUCAAAGAAGCUCUACAGAAAUUUUGUGGUAGUGGAGUAUGUUCUGAGUCUUCGUAGAAAAUGAAACUGUCAAAAAUUUGCUCUUUUCAAAGUGGAUUUUAUCCUUUAUCCCUGCCUGUAAGAGCAAAUAGUUUCAGAUCAAAGUCCAUAUUAACCUAAGAUCAUCAAUGGUUCAUGUUUAGCAUCGUCACCCUUCAUCACUCAACU